AUGUGUCACAAAUUUUGGUGGCUGGCGCCAGCCACCGUCAAAGGCCACUUUUCGUUGGGUGACUUCAAAAAACUGGACAUCACCGACCUGAUUCAGACACCGCUGAAAACCUCGUCUCAUUACGUUUUUUUUACCAUGUCUUAUUAUCCAGUCUUCCUCGUUGAGGACUAUGGAGAGCCCCGUAACCAUCACGCACUCUGGGCACAAACGUCCGAUGCCGGCGCAGGUUUUCUUUACCACGUUGUCGGCCCUGUCAACAACGGUGCGAUGCACUACGACCCAAGGCCAACGCACAGCUCCCCCAAAGAACUGAUGACCUUUGUCCGGAUGACACAGAUUGGCUGCAUCUCCAGCCAUGAUUUGCCGCGCAUGGAUGAGAUCUGCCGAAGCAAUCAAGCGCCUAUUAUGCAGAUGCAAGAUGGGCAACUCCUCUAUCCAGGCACCCCAUUACGUCGAUGCCAAGAGUGGACGGCAGAAACUAUUGAACUGCUCAAAGACGCCGGUGUUCUCGUACAGAGAUAG